AUGCUUUUUGCCGAUGAUGCAGCCUUGACAUCACACUCCGAAGACGGUCUGCAGCAGCUUGUUAGUCGCCUUUUUCACGCCUACAAUGAGUUUGGACUGACCAUCAGUCUGAAGAAGACAAACGUCAUGACACAGGGUACAGUUGCUCCCCUUAACAUUGACAUUGAUGGGUACAGCCUGGAAGUCGUGGAGCACUUCAAAUACCUUGGGUUAACCAUCACUAACUCACUCUCCAUUGAUGCAGAGAUGAACAGCAGGGUUGCAAAGGUAGCAGCAGUUACGGCAAAACUAUGCCACAGAGUCUGGAACAACUCCAGCCUCACUGAGAAGACAAAACUGUGCGUCUCCCAGACCUGGAUGCUCAGCACACUUCUCUGUGGUAGCAAGGCAUGGACCGCCUAUGGCAGACAUGAGAAAAAGCUCAAGGUUCCCAAUACAGAGAUCUUGGAGCUCUGCAACGUGUGUAGCAUGUUCACAAUUCUUGGCAAAAGGCGCCUUAGUUGGCUUGUCCACAUCAGGAGAAUGAAUCUGGGCCACAUUCCUAAAGAUCUACUGUACGGUGAGCUGGCAGAGGGCAUUCAUUUGGCUGGUCAACCACGCCUGUGCUUCACGGAUGUCUGCAAGAAGGACAUGACAAUGUGGAGCAUCAAUGUCAACACAUGGGAGCAGUCUGCAGAGGCCCAUUUUGUGGCAGCAUGUGUUUUUACAUGCAUUUACCUGAGCAAUUGUGUUCAUUUUAUUUUUUUGUCUACCUGUGAAUAUGUGCAUCCAUGUGUGAUUGCAGUCACACUGCUGGGCAUAUGGGCUGUUUGUCUCUGGCCUUAUCUGCUUUCCAAAAGCAUCCCCCUAAACUGUGAUGAAGACCAUGGUGGCAUCUCCAGCUGUCCCUCCAUCUCACAGGAAAAACUUCUAGACCGAGUUGUCCAGCACGCUGAGCUCAUCUACCGUACCUCUGAAGAAUCACAUACCUUGUUUGAGAAUAUGUUUGUCCCAAUUCCACUGCGUCUCCCGGGGAACCAGAGAGGUUAUGUAUGCAUCACCAAAGCCCUACCCCUCCCCACCUCCAAAAGUGAAAUUCAACAGAUAUCUGACAAAUGGUUGCUCCACUCGGUUGCUGAUGCUUGUCCAGUCCUGGAUUGGGCCUUGGUUGACUUACAGGCAACACUGCAGCACUAUGAUGGUGUAACAGACAUCCUGCUGAACAAGACCAAGUGGGUGUCUGAGAAGCUGAACAGUCUAGAGAAGGGUGUACUGGUUCUUAUCAAGAAGAUUUUGAAUGAAGAGAUUCUGAGUGCAUCCUACAGUGAAGACAGCCUGCUGCAGGAAGAUUCACAGCCUGAGAUGCUGAACUCUAUUCUGAGAGUCUACGCCUUACUCAGCUGCUUCAAGAAAGAUGCUCAUAAGAUGGAGACUUUUAUGAAGCUUCUGAGGUGUCGACAAACUGACAAAUACAAUUGUGCAUAAAACGCAAAAGGCCGGAUUAUAAUAAUGUGGUAUUUUACUAUAAAUGGUUUCCUGUGGCUGGUAAAUGUGCACUUAUAUAUAUGACCAUGCCGUAGGCGAUUCAAACUUGAUUUCAAUGCAGUACAGCUUUUAUUGAUUGUUUAGAACACCUUCACACAAAAUGAAGUAGGAGUAAUGCUGUGCCCUUUCUUCAACACACUGUAUUUUACAUUUCUCAGCUCAGUUGUUAUUUUAACCUGGUAAAGGCAGCACAGGCCAUAUUCCCAAAAGAUUAGUUGUAUGUUGGGUUGUCAAAAAAAAAAAAAAAAAAUCUGCAUAU